AUGGUUCCCUGUCCUGAAUUGCAGAGCUACUUUGCCGCCUGCGAGGACGAGACGCCUGCCAUCCGGAACCACGACAAGGUCCUGCAGCGCCUGUGCGAGCACUUGGACCACGCCCUGCUGUAUGGACUGCAAGACCUCUCAUCUGGCUACUGGGUGCUCGUGGUGCAUUUCACCCGGAGAGAGGCCAUCAAACAGAUCGAGGUGCUGCAGCACGUGGCCACCAACCUGGGGCGCAGCAGGGCCUGGCUGUACCUGGCGCUCAACGAGAACUCUCUGGAGAGCUACCUGCGGCUGUUCCAGGAGAACCUGGGUCUGCUGCACAAAUACUACGUCAAGAAUGCCCUGGUCUGCAGCCACGAUCACCUGACUCUCUUCCUGACCUUGGUGUCUGGGCUGGAGUUCAUUCGAUUCGACCUGGAUCUGGACGCCCCUUACUUGGACUUGGCCCCCUACAUGCCUGACUACUACAAACCUCAGUACCUGCUGGACUUCGAAGACCGCCUCCCCAGCUCCGUGCAAGGUUCGGACAGCCUGUCCCUCAACUCCUUCAACUCCGUCACCUCCACCAACCUGGAGUGGGAUGACAGCGCCAUUGCCCCAUCCAGCGAGGAUUAUGAUUUUGGAGAUGUGUUUCCAGCAGUGCCGUCUGUACCCAGCACAGACUGGGAAGAUGGAGACCUCACAGACACUGUCAGCGGGCCCCGCUCUACCGCCUCGGACCCGACCAGCAGCAAGGCCUCCACCAAGAGUCCCACCCAGCGCCACAACCCUUUCAGUGAGGACCAGGCAGAGACCGUGUCCUCCUCCGACACCACCCCUGUGCACACCACGUCCCAGGAGAAGGGGGAAUCCCGCACUCUUGACCUGCCAGACGCCUGCACGGAGCUGGAGGUCAUCAGGGUCACCAAGAAGAAGAAAACCGGCAAGAAGAAGAAGACCAGAUCGGAUGAGGAAGCUAGUCCGCUUCACCCCUCCUCCAGCCAGGACAGCUGUGCCAGGCGGGGCAAUGGUGACAGCCUCGUCAGCAGCCCAGGCCUUGGGCGGGCCUCACCGGACGCUACCUUCACUUCCCCCCAGGGGGAGGGAGAGGGGCCCAGCGGCACAGCCGAGAGCAGCGAGCUCCCGGAGCCCGGCCAGAUGGGUCUGCUCAUCCCCGAAAUGAAGGACACCUCCAUGGAGCGCUUGGGGCAGCCCCUGAGUAAGGUCAUUGACCAGCUCAACGGGCAGCUGGACCCCAGCGCCUGGCGCUCCCACGUCCAGUCCCCAGACCAGUCCUUUCGGACCGGCUCUCCCGGGGAUGCCCCGGAGAAGCCGCCAUUUUGCGACUUUAGUGAGGGGCUUCCAGCCCCAAUGGACUUCUACCGCUUUACCGUCGAGAGUCCAAGCGCUCUUACAUCAAGUGGCAGCAACCAUGACCCUGCAGGGCCUGGCCAACCGCUGCAUGUUCCUGGUGGCCCUGCGACUGCUGGCCAAGAAGAGGGAGGAGGAAGAAGAGAGGGACAGGCACCUGGGCCCCUAGAGGACACCCUGGGGGAGGCCCGGGAGCCAGAGACCCGGGGACUGGAGACACAGUUGCCCCCUGCGGGUGACGGACCUGUGCCCGAAGCAGAGCCCGGGACCCACGAGGCUCUCUGCCAGCUCAAGCGAGACCAGCCCAGCCCGUGUCUGAGCAGCGCUGAGGACUCGGGGGUGGAUGAGGGGCAGGGGAGCCCUUCUGAGAUGACCCACUCGGCAGAGUUCAGGGUAGACAACAAUCACUUACUCCUGCUGAUGAUCCACGUGUUUCGAGAAAACGAAGAGCAGCUCUUCAAAAUGAUCCGGAUGAGCACCGGGCACAUGGAGGGUACCCUGCAGCUGCUGUACGUGCUGCUCACAGACUGCUAUGUCUACCUGCUCCGGAAAGGGGCCGCGGAGAAGCCAUACCUGGUGGAAGAGGCCGUUUCUUACAAUGAACUUGACUAUGUGUCGGUGGGCCUCGACCAGCAGACGGUGAAGCUGGUGUGCACCAACCGCAGGAAGCAGUUUCUGCUGGACACGGCUGACGUGGCCCUGGCUGAGUUCUUCUUGGCUUCUUUGAAGUCCGCCAUGAUCAAAGGCUGCCGGGAGCCACCUUACCCCAGCAUCCUGACUGAUGCCACCAUGGAGAAGCUGGCACUGGCCAAAUUCGUGGCCCAGGAAUCUAAGUGUGAGGCCACCGCUGUCACCGUGCGCUUCUACGGGCUUGUGCACUGGGAGGACCCCCUGGAUGAGUCCCUGGGUCCAGUGCCCUGCCACUGCUCACCCCCUGAGGGCGCCAUCACCAAAGAAGGCAUGCUGCAUUACAAGGCAGGCACCUCCUACUUGGGCAAAGAGCACUGGAAGACUUGCUUCGUGGUCCUCAGCAAUGGGAUCCUCUACCAGUAUCCCGACCGCACAGAUGUCACCCCUCUGCUCUCUGUGAACAUGGGGGGGGAGCAGUGCGGUGGCUGUCGGAGAGCCAACACCACGGAUCGGCCCCACGCCUUCCAGGUCAUCCUCGCCGACCGGCCCUGCCUGGAGCUGAGCGCGGACAGCGAGGCCGAGAUGGCCGGCUGGAUGCAGCAGCUCUGCCAGGCCGUGUCCAAAGGGGUCAUCCCCCAGGGGGUGACCCCCAGCCCCUGCAUCCCCUGCUGCCUGGUGAUUACCGAUGACCGCCUCUUCACCUGCCACGAGGACUGCCAGACCAGCUUCUUCCGCUCCCUGGGCACAGCCAGGCUGGCCGACAUCAGUGCCGUCUCCACGGAACCCGGCAAGGAGUACUGUGUCCUGGAGUUUUCCCAGGACAGCCAGCAGGCUCUGCCCCCCUGGGUCAUCUACUUGAGCUGCACAUCUGAACUGGACCGAUUCCUGUCUGCGCUGAGCUCCGGGUGGAAAACCAUCUACCAGGUGGACCUCCCCCACAAGGCCACCCAGGAAGCCUCCAGCAAGAAGUUCGAGGAUGCCCUGAGCCUCAUCCACAGCGCCUGGCAGCGGAGCGACAGCCUGUGCCGGGGCAGAGCCUCCCGGGACCCCUGGUGCUGA